UGCUGAACCCGCAUCAACACUCACUAAAUCUCUUGUGUUUAACUGCUCUGAUUCUGAGGGUUUCAGUUCUACAUUUGUAUGAAAAUCCGUAUUUUGGAUUUAAUUUAGGAAGCUGUAAUCGGAGAAGAUGGUAGUUAUAAGAAGAAGCGAGACUGUUAUGACGGAUGAAGACAUGGCUAACACUGAAUGUACGAUCGUCCUGCUGGGAAAAACUGGUGUUGGGAAAAGUUCAGCAGGAAACACCAUCUUACACAUGAAGAGUUUUGCUGCAGGUUUAAGCUCUAUAUAUGUUACCAAACAAUGUCAGAAACAAAGUGCUGUGAUUUCAGGAAAGAAAUGGACAGUUGUGGACACUCCAGAUUAUUUCUACUCCACACAUGAUGAAGAUCUCAGCAGUGAGAUAGAAAGGAGUGUAGCUUUAUCUCCUCCAGGAGUUCAUGCUUUUCUGUUUGUAUUAAAACCCACCACAUUUACAGAGCAGGAGGCAGAUACAGUGUCUCAGUUUCAACUCAGUUAUGGUGAGGAAGCUUUUAGAUACACGAUGAUCAUCUUCACACAUGGAGACCUACUUGAUGAAGACAUGGAGACAUUAAUCUCAGAGAAUGAGUCCUUACAGAGUUUAGUGAGUCGCUGUGGUGGAAGGUUCCAUGUUCUGAACAAUAAAGAUCUAUCAGACAGACAGCAGGUUUAUCAGCUACUGGAGAAAAUCAACAACAUGGUUUCUGCUAAUGGGAACAGCUGCUACACACUGGAGAUGCUGCAGGAGGCUGAGAGAAGAGCAGAAGAACAGCGCAGAAGGAUUUUGGAGGAGCAGCAGAGAAAGGAGGAAAGAGAAAGGAUGGAACAUCAAGCUAAUCUGGAAAAGGCAAGAAGAGAAACUGAGAUACGUGUUAGGAAGGAAAUGGAUGAGAUUCUGGAAAAGACUAGAGCAGAAAUUGAGGCCAAUCAAAAUUUGGCCUUGGCUGAAGAAGAGAAAAAAAAGGUGUCAUCUUAUGACCUAAAGCAUUUGUGUGUUGGUGUUUUUUCUUUAGUGCUUGUAUAUGCACUGAGAAGAUAUUGUAAAGAUUUUGUCCUAUGGGUGUGGUCUGGGUGGGUUAGCAGCAUCAGUGGGACUGAUCAUGGAAAAGACCUGUGAGCUGAUAUGGAGGAGUCAUUUUAAGAUGUCUUGUUUAUCACCUCAUAGAUCUCCUCAUGUUUAUUAUUAGUCCAUGAACAAAAUGUUCGGCCUGGUCUGUGGAGGUGUGACUCAUUCUCUUACUCACAUGUGUUCCACCAGAGGGAGCUGUCGCUUUUCUUUUAUGUGCUUUGCAUCAGUUCUGCUGUUUGUCCUCGUUGAAAAAAAAAUCAAAUGUGUUUUCUUCUCUCCCUUGUACAUGAUGAACGUUGUGUGUGUUGUGUUGAUUGUACUGAAUUAUGGAACAUUAAACCCUGUAAUCUAAAAUGUUGCUUCUUUACAUAAUUUCUGAAGUAAAUUUUAUAUUCUAUACAGACAGUAAACAUCCUUUAGUACGGAGCCCCUAAGGUGACAUCCCCUGAAAAAAAAAUAACGCGUGGCCACGACUUAUUAACGCGUUCCCACGCCUUAUUAACGCGUGGCCACGACUUACUUAACGCGUUCCCACGCCUUACUAACGCAUGGUCACGACUUACUUAACGCGUUCCCACGCCUUACUAACGCGUGGCCACGACUUAAGCUAGGUUUAUACUUCACGCAUCGCAGCUGGCGCAAGGGGGCGCGCGCCCAAUAUGACGCAGUCGCGAUGGCUCCGCCCAUGCGCGUUGGCCCAUGCGUCGUGCACCUCCUGAUUUUUGAAACUUUGCGCGUAUCGCGCGCGCGCUGCACUUCAGCAGAAUGGGGUAUUUCUUUGCACUGCCACCUGUCGUUCGGAGAAAACAGCAACGAAUGACGCAUCAAGUAUAAAUGCUUCUGCCGUUCUCACAGGUUCGCGCGCAGUGUGCUGAGUCGUGCGCUGCGCUCAGAUGCGAAAGUAUAACUCAGGCUUUAGUAACUCGU